CUCAUGUUUAUUGUUGUUAUUUUCCGCAAGUUUCCGUGAAUGGAGUGGCGUCUAGCCGGCAAAACGUGGGUGCUUGUUUAGAAAAACAGAAAUCGUUCGAUUUAAGUUGAAUAUAUUGUUAUAAGAAUUAAUAGUGUAGAAAACAAAGCGAAAACAAUGCCGUACAUGUGUUUGCUACAAGAGGGCAAUGAAAGCCUGCCCAGACUUUUGGAGAAGGCGCAGCAAAACGGUUAUUCAGUCAUAGCGGCACAUAUAAACACCAACGAAAUUCCAUUAGAAUACCAGGAGCCGCCAAUGUGUGACAAACAGGCGGAGUUCACAUAUCCAGACUUGGUAUUCACCUCAGAUCACUGGAAUGGCAAAGUUAUAAAUGUGCUCUCGGACACCAUGGACUGCGAUGCUGAAGAUAUGGUGGUCCGUCGUAAUGCUGAAGAAGUGCUCAAACGUGAUAUUUCGUGGGCCGAACAUUUGCAAUAUGGUGGUUAUACAUUGCUGCGUUUAAAAUCCGAACGUAAUCUCAAUAUGGCACGCAUUGCAUCCAGCAAUGUGAAGGGUUUGCUGCUCGUACAGGUGCCGUUGUAUAAUUCCAAGGAGGCACAGGCAACCUGGCGACGUGAUAUUGAUGAUGACGAAUUGGAACGCAUUGGUGAACAAGAUACAUGGCACUGGUGGAACAACUUCAGAUGGGCGGCAGAUUUCAAUCCUAAAAUAAAGGUUGUGCUCGAAUUGAGUGAAAGUGAUCGUCCUUCUUUAGAAGUAGUGCGUCGUUGGAUGGGCGAACCAGUCGAAGCAAUUAUAGUGCCCUCAACAAUGUUCAUAUGCAAUCGUCAAAAUUACCCAGUGCUGCCAAAGGCGUGGCAAGAGAUUUUAUCAUAUUUCAUGCGUGCACGCAUUAAUGUAAUCAUUUCGUCCGAUGUGCAUGAUAACAGUCUGAAGCUCUAUGCCGAGUAUAUGCUUCGUUUCCAAGAACUACACACCGACACGCACGAAUUGCAAGCUUUCGAAGAUGUGCUGGAAGAGCCACUGCAACCAUUAUAUGACAAUUUGGACUGCUACACGUAUGAGGUGUUCGAAAAGGAUCCGGCUAAAUAUAAGCUAUAUCAAGAUGCUAUCGAGCAGGCGCUGCUUGACCGUGUAUCCGAUGCGGAAAAGAAACAGAAAUUGACAGUUAUUAUGGUGCUGGGCGCAGGACGCGGUCCACUUGUGCGUUCAGCAUUUAAUGCUGCAGAAAAUACCGGGCGCAAAGUGCGUGUCUACAUUAUAGAGAAAAAUCCGAAUGCAAUACGCACACUAACGGCGAUAGCGAAAAAAUUAUGGAGCAAUAAAGAUGUGCAUAUAUUCUCCAAGGAUAUGCGAGAAUUCUCGCCACCCGAACCAGCCGACAUUCUAGUCUCCGAAUUAUUGGGCUCAUUCGGUGAUAAUGAACUCUCACCAGAGUGCUUAGAUUGUGCACAGAAGAUACUAAAACCCGAUGGCAUAAGCAUACCCUGUAAAUCCACCUCGUACAUAAACCCGAUAAUGUCUUCGAAGCUGCUAAAUGGUGUGCGUCAAGUGCUGCGUCACGAGACACAUGGUCGCCAAAAGCAAGCCACCUACCAUACACAUGCUGAAAGCGGUUUUGUUGUGCUGCUCAAGAAUAUUUACAAUAUCGGUUUGCCACAAGCGUUGUUCGAUUUCGUGCAUCCAAAUCCGCAAAAGCCCAUUGACAAUAGUCGCUAUAAAGUUUUGCGCUUCGAAGUCACAAUGGAUUGUGUGCUGACGGGCAUUGCGGGCUACUUUGACACAACGCUCUAUAAAGAUAUACAGCUGAGCAUUAAUCCGCAAACGCAUACGCCCGGCAUGUUCUCGUGGUUUCCAAUGUACUUCCCAUUCGCGGAACCCAUGGAUGUGAAGAAAGGUCAAACCAUUGAGAUCCACUUUUGGCGUUGUGUUACAAAACAGAAAAUCUGGUAUGAAUGGUGUUUGGCUUCGCCAUUUCGCACGCAUAUACACAAUCAUAGCGGUCGUUCGUGCCCCAUCUACUGCACGUAGGCAACUAAGAAGGCAGUUUUCAAAAUAUUAUAAGCAAAAAAUAUUGGCAUCUCCAACUUUAAGAAUUCAUAAUUUAACUGAGAAUAUCUAAUAUUAAUCGUUUUCAAAUAGUAUCCAAAGUAAAUUGCGCCCUAAAAGGAAAACACUUUAAGUUGCUGGAAAUUAAUGUUUAGCACUGGCUACGAAAUGUAUAUGUUUUUACAGUUCCAAUUUUUGUAGUGCUUGUUUUGUUCUUAUUCUUGAAACAGUUUUUUUCUGGCUUAAACGAGAAACUGUAUAAAUUCCAUUUAUUUUUACACUAAUCGCAGAUUUUUUGAAUGAAAUAUUAUAUUGAAAUAUAUGCCAAG